CGGCGGACGAGGAGGCCGCCACCCGCGAGCGAGGCCGCGGCAGCGACGGAGGCGGACAUGAUGAUGGUGGACCCGCGGGGGGACCGCCUGCUGUUGCGCACACGGCAGGAGGUCACGGAGGCCUACCCGUACCCCAUGAUGCCGACGCACUUCCUGGACCGCGACCCCGAGAACGCGCGCUUCAAGGAGGGCAACUUCCUCAACUUCAACUGCGCAAAGUGCCCGCGGCCCACCAUGCGCUGGGGCCAGGCGCAACCAAGCUGGACCUACUGGGCGCUGCCGUUCCUCGGGCGGUGGCUGGCCGCGAAGAUCGACGGGCGCGAGGAGAUGGGAGUUCCCACGGCGGGGAUCCAGGAGGACGAGGAUCUCCUGAACGUGGCCUUGUGGAAGGAGGGCGCGACGAAGGCGUGGUGCAUGUGGCAGAAAGGCGGGGCCGAGUUCGUUUGGCUCAACUACCUGAAGGAGCACGCCCCUGGCCCGGUGCCGCACUACAAGGAC